AUGCGACAGAACUUGCAUCAGGAUACUACAAUCACCAAAGACAGACUGCUCGUCGUCCAUCAACAGCUUCCCCACCUCGUCCGCGGCUCGGCUGCUCACUUCAAGCUCAUCCGCGAGCUCGCAGCCGAUUCUACCGGUGUCCCUCUAUUGCUCGCCCUCUCUCCCGAUCGCAACCCGAACGAUUUUGCCCCGGCUAUAUCCACAUUACCCGAAGAUAUCCUUGAAAUCAUAUUCUCUUGUCUCGCGGAUAUCUGGCCGCCGCGCGGACCUAUGUUAUUUGCCGACUCGGGCAUGAUGCAGUAUAACACGGAGGUGCUCAGUGGGACGGAGAAGAGGGAGAAAGACGUCACUGGUCGUGCCCUUCCAUCCUUCGGAGCGGGAGACAGUACCCUCGGAUGGAUAUGCCUGAUACACAUUUGUUCGGCGUGGCGCCAGCUGGUCUUUCGCAUACCAUCCUUGUGGGCGCGCCACUUGGGAACGCUGCCUGGCGCCGCAUUUGAAGGGAUGUUAUAUUGGUCCGGAGAGACGCGCCCCAUAUCCAUCACCACAUUGAGCUCGAGCAUGCGGCCUGGAGCUGAGGAGGAGGUCGCCGCUGCAUUGCGCUCCGACUCGCGGCUCGCGCACCGCAUUGAACAUAUUCGCUUCGAGCGGACGAUGAGAGAAACGCGCAAAACUUGUCCGUUUGGUCGCAUCCUCGGCCAGAGACAAACUCCUAGCUUCCCUUGUCUGCGUACGCUUGACGUGUCCGCGAACGUCCUUUACCGAUCGGAUCUCAACUACUGCUCGUUGCCUCUCGUCGAGGCGCCCAACUUAGCACGCCUUCGGAUGGAAGAUUACUUCCUACGGUGGAACUCGUCCGCACUUGUCGACCUUGAUAUCUCCGGGACUGUCCGCGAGAUGCAGGUCCCAGUGCUCGUGAUCUUGGACCUCAUUAGGGUCAACGCAAAGACAUUGCGCUCGCUCCGCCUGUACGAUUGUAUCGAGAGUAACGACACUGCUCGUCUAGCCGAAACUCUUGCAGAUGCGCCUCAUGUCUUUUUACCAGGCCUCGAAGACUUUGCCCUGGGCAGCAGCGCCCGUGCAGUCGCGUACCUGCUCACGGGGGCAUUCAUGCUUCCCUCUAAUGUCCCUUGCACCCUGACAUCCACUCGCCCUAAUGACACCGUAGUGCCGAUAAUCGGACUUUUCAGCGUUGCGUGGACGUUGUUCCUCGACACUGGUAAAGACAUCAGUAUCAGGAUAUCAGAUCGUCAACGAGGAGUGACGAGCGCGCGAUACAACGACCGCGAUGAUUGCAUUGUAGAAUUCUUCGAGUCGGCCGACACGAACCCGGGAGCCCUUGACGAAGACUCGUGGUGCUCCGAGGCAGGGCCCCGCCCGGGUCUUUCGAUACAACUCGAUGCUGACGACGGCUUCGAGUAUCUUGCAUCCCUGCUGGAUUCCAACUCCCAUGAUUUUCGCAUCACUGCGCUGUCCCUCCAGAUCGAUUCUGGGAAGGAAACACCAGAGGAGGCGGAGAUUGAGGACUUGAUGGAUUCUCUUCGUCAUGUACGGUUUUUGCAUAUGAACAACUUUCGGUUUACCGGCGGCUGCCCCGCGGACUUGGACUCGGUAUCCUUGCUCUGCGAAAGCCCCGAUAACCUGCCAAGCCUUGAAACUCUUUCCGUCAUUUAUGAUUCAACAUGGAGACUUUCAUGGCAAGCCUUUUCCCGUCACUUAGCCCGACGCCCUCGCAUUCGUACCCUCAUCAUUCACGAUCGUUUCUCCCUGCCAGUGGAGGAGAAGGAAGAUGAUCAUCGUCAAGUGCUCCAGAUCAUAGGCCGGCAGGGACUCGAAGUUCUUUGGUUGUACUGA